CCAGCUCCGCCAGCUGGCCUCAAGCCUCACAGAAGCAUGAAGCCAUGGUUGCGCACAGUCGCUCUGCUGCUGUUAUCGACUAUAACAGCAGUAGCAGCCAUAGACGUCACUUUGAACCAAAAUGAUCCGCAGAAGUGCUCGGGCAUGUACAGCAAGAAGUCAUGGGGCGGCAAGGUCGAGCCUUUUAUUCUGGUCAAAUUUAUGAAGAACGGAGAGAAGAACAAGGAGGUCGAUGAUCCGACUGUUGGCGUGGCCAUUUGGGAAUGGAGGGACACGCUGCUGCUCGGGAAACCUGAAGACGUGGGCGUGAAUGAGCGCCAGUUCAUGUGCGAUAAUGAAUCCAUCGAUGCGCAGCUAUGCAACGCCACGCACAAAGGCGAAUGGAUUCUGACCGACAAUGCCGAAGCUGACUCUAAGAUGCACAUCCGCACCGCCGCCAUCCAACUGAACGACCCCAAGCCCAUCAACUACCCAGUUGCGAGCGGAGAGAAGAAACUGGCCAUCAAGACGGGAUACUACUGCGUGGCUACGUUAGGAAUGCAAGAAAAGCUAGAAUGGGAAGCCAUUGUGACCUUCAGAAACGCAUACGGGGAGCUCCCGGCUGCCCAGAUUCCAAAGCUUCCCUUCUACGGCGGUAUCACCAUCGUGUACUUCGUCGUGUUGAUCUUCUGGGGCUUCCUGUACUUUCAGAACAGGUCCGACAUUCUCGCAGUCCAGAACUACAUAACAGCAAUUCUGGUCUUCCUGGUGGCAGAAAUGCUCAUGACGUGGGGAUUCUACGACUACCAGAACCGCCACGGUAAUAACGUGGGUGCGAAGGUGCUCAUGAUUAUUGUCGCCGUCUUGAACGCCUUCCGCAACUCGUUCUCGUUUUUCCUGCUCCUGAUCGUGUGCAUGGGAUACGGCGUGGUGAAGCCCUCUCUUGGCAAGACCAUGACCAUAGUUCGCUGGUUGGCGGUCGCACACUUUAUCUUUGGUGUCAUCUACGCGGUCGCCUCGCUCACUGUUCGUCCUGACGAUGCCGGCCCUCUUGUAUUGCUUGUUAUCCUGCCGCUUUCCGCCACCUUGACCGCCUUCUAUAUAUGGACGCUGAACUCGCUGAACCUCACGAUGAAGGAUCUUAUGGAGCGCAAGCAGCACGUCAAGGCCACCAUGUACAAGAGGUUAUGGUGGUGCAUCUUGACAAGCAUCAUCGUCAUUUUCGGAUUCUUCUUCCUCAACAGCCUCACGUUUGCUGGAGCUUCAACACCAGAUUUUGGGCCGACUCACUGGCAAACUAGAUGGUUUGUGUUGGAUGGCUGGCUGAAUUUGGUAUAUCUGGCAGAUGUUUGCUUCGUUGCAUACAUGUGGCGACCAACAGCGAACAACAGGAGGUUUGCUAUGAGUGAUGAGAUUGCUCAAGAUGACGAAGGGUUUGAGAUCGCUUCACUCCGGGACUCGUUGGAUGAAGAGGACGGGCCAGAAGGUCACCCGCCAUCAUAUGACCCAGUGCCAAGUAGGCGCAACAACAACGAGCGUGAUGUAUCGCCUCUACCGGCACCACAAGCUCAGAAACCUAUUGUGCCUCCUAGGGAAAGUCUCGAUGGUGACACCAUCUUCGCAGUAGGCGAAGACGAUAAAUGGAGCGACGAUGAGCUUGAGCCGGCGAGCCCAAGGGAAGGAGACAACGAACAUUCAAGGUUAGCGAGUCGAAAGGAUGAUUAGAAGGCAGUCGAUCGCGAUAAAAGCAGGGGAGAAACUGUAUCAGGAAGCGGCUCGGUCUGAGCAUUGGCGUUGAAAGGGUAUUGAUACGUAUACUGUAUGGACGUACCUGUAUCACUUAUGAAGCAAGCAUUACUGGCGUUUUAUUCGAACUUGUCGUCA